GUAUUGUGUUCUAUUGUAUUGCUUAUCCAGAUUUAUUUGCUUUUAUGAAAAGCCAUCGUAUUUCAAUUCCCCUUGGGCGAGCAAAUCUGCGCACUUUGAUCCAAUUAUGUAGAUAGAAAAGCACUUCUUUUCUUGUGGACUGAUCUGUUCACUUUGACUUGAAUUAAUCAUAAAUUUUGCUGUAAGCAGUUAUGGAUACAAGUACAGCCCUUGAAGCCUCACCUUCAUCUUCACCGUCCUCUUCCUCCUCCUCCUCCUCCUCACCCUACGAUGUAUUCAUGAGCUUUAGCGAAGACACGCGCAAAACCUUCACGGACCACCUCUACUGGACAAUGAAAGACGCCGGAAUUGACUUCUUUAUGGAGGAGAACGAAUCAAUAAGAAGAGAGGAAAAUAUAUCAGACAAAGUGAAGCAAAUAAUCGAAGGGUCUAAGGUUUCGGUCAUCGUCUUCUCAAGUAGGUAUGCGGAUUCCAUCUGGUGUCUUGAGGAGCUGGUGCAGAUCAUGGAGUGCAGAAGAACACUGAAGCAAAUGGUUCUGCCAAUAUUCUACGAUCUUAGUCCGUCAGAUGUUAUAGGUACUUUUGUACUAGCAUUUCAGAAGCAUAGAGAGCGCUUCCAUGAAGAUACAGAUAUACAAGAAAAGCUACGGCGGUGGACAUGUGCUCUUACUGCAGCUGCAGGUUUGACAGUCUGGACAGAUGAUCUUACUGCAGCUGCAGGUUUGACAGUCUGGACAGAUGCUUUUACUGCAGCUGCAGGUUUGACAGUCCGGGUUUUCAGAACUACUAAUGGGUAUGAAGGAAUGUUUAUCAGGGCAAUUAUUGACGAGAUCACUAAACUACUCCAAAGCCCGACUCCAAUUGAAAUAGCAUUUACGGACAGCGCUAAGUCUCCCCUUUCUACGCUUCCGGGGAAGUUACCUGGCACGGGAUCUGCUUCCGGCUCCGGCGAGUACCAUUGCUCCAACUCCAAGAGGAGGAAAAAGCAGGUGAAGAAAACGAUUCGGGUGCCGUUGAUAAGUACCGGGGAUAUUCCAGCGGACGAGCACUCCUGGAGAAAGUAUGGUCAGAAGCCGAUCAAGGGCUCGGCUUACCCACGGUUAUAUUACAGGUGCACUAAGGUCAGAGGGUGCCCGGCGAGGAAACACGUGGAACGAGCUCCGGAUGAUCCGAAGGUGCUGAUCGUAACGUACGAGGGGGAGCACCGGCACCCGCCGGAGAAGGUGGAGUUGGGGUUUGAGACAACGUGAGUGAAAGUGGGUUAGAAAGAGGAAUUUGUGAGUUGAAGAAGAGACGAAAAAUAAAGCCAGAAGAUGUGUUUAAGAGCGUUUUCGUAUAUAAAUAAUUGAUAAGGAUCCUCACCGGAUUAUAUCUUCCCGGACCUGGGAAUGAACUGAAAACAAAGAUAAAACAUUGAUAAGGAUCCUCCCUCUCCCCCCGCCACUUCUUCAAUCCCCUGCAACCAAAUCUCCCAUGCUAAACUUACUUCACAGUCUAGGCUUCCAUCAACUGCGCUCCACCUCCUAAUCGAAUCAUAGUCGUCGGUUCCGGUUACUUCCUCACUCUUCUCUCUCUAACUCUCCCUCUCUCUGGAUCUCAUAAAUUGCCAACUCAAAUUUAUGAAUUAUUGACUUACCAAUGAUUGAUAGAGAGACGAAUGCCGAGGCCGAGAUCUUGAGGUUCGAGUGAGAGAGGUUGGUUUCUGUAUUUGUUUAUGGGAAAAGGGAUGAAGUCAGGUUUGAGUGAGAGAGAAGAGUUGUAGAUUUGAUAAAAAUAAUUAAUAAAAAACAUUUAAUAAUUAAUUAAAAAAUAUGUGAAGCUGUCAAAUUUCAUAGUAAGGGAGAGAGCUGUUAUUUUAUGUCAUAUCACAUCAGAUUUGAUUUAUCGAUUGGAAAAUACUGUUAUUGUCU